GAGAGUGAUUUUGUGAAUACGCUAGAGUAGUACUACUGAAUCAAUCAUUGCAAAACCAGAUAUCGGAGAAGUUCAAAGGAACACUCCUAUAUCCUUCCGUUUAAAUAACAUAUAUAGGACUGGUGUGGGUUGCAAAAACUGGUACAAUACAUAAGACAUCGACCUGACUAUCGAGACUCACUACUUUAACAACAACUUUUGGCAUUUGGUUGAAGAGGUCGUCCAGCAUGCUUGGGUUAUCAGUGUCGGUAUUUUCAGUCUUGCUUGGAGCUUUGACGUUCCUCGUUUGUAUCUGGUUUGUAAGACGUCCUAGUAACCUCCCACCGGGACCAUGGUCACUGCCUAUCAUUGGAUACAGAUUUAAGCCAGGUCUGAUCCAUGAAACCUUCAUAGAAAUGGCUGAGAAAUACGGUCCAAUAUUCAGCUUACGACGAGGCCCGUUUCUUGUUGUUGUAUUGAAUGACAUAUCGGCUAUCAAACAAGCCUUGGUGAAGUCAGCAGAAUUUUUACCAGGUCGAUAUGUUCCUGGACAUAUCAAAUGGACGAUUCCAGAGAGUAACAACAACGCUUCUGUUGUCUGGAGUAGUGGCAAACCCUGGGAAGACCAACGUAGAUUCUCUCUACAUGCCCUUCGAUCCUUUGGAUUUGGUAAGAAGAGCUUAGUGCCUCAGAUCAACCUGGAAGCUCGUUACCUUGCUGAGGAAAUCAAGAGUCUCCGAGGUAAACCGACAGACCUCAUGUCCACAUUGAAUAAAGCAACAGCAAACGUCAUAUCCCAACUGGUCUUUGGUCGGCGUUACGAAUACGAUGAUAUGGAAUACAUUGAGGCACUGCAGGCAAUGGUAGACGUCUUUGCUAGUAUCCCUGAAACUGACCCUGUUGUAGUCUUGAAAUUCCUAAUUCAUACUCCAUGGUAUAAGAAAUAUCGUGAUGCCUGUUCCAGAUCUAAAAAGUUCAUCAUGUCCCAGCUCUACAUGCAUAAAGAUACAUUUCAGAAAGAGAACAUCCGUGACUACGUCGACGCAUUCUUAGCUGAUGAUAUCUCCAAGGAAUACACGUUGGAAGAGUUCUGGAGGAUUGCGUUUGACUUUUUUGCUGCCGGCUCGGAGACAACAUCACUGGUUACUUCAUGGGCCAUACUCUAUCUAGCUUCACACCCAGAAGUACAAAGAAAGGUACAAAUGGAGUUGGAUAGGGUUGUUGGACGUGGUCGACAACCCGCUACAGAGGACCGUCAAGAUCUACCGUACUGUGAUGCCACCUUGAUGGAAGUUAUGCGUAUCAGACCGGUACUCGCGGUUAUACGUCGUUUGGCUUCAGCAGAUCUAACAACGAAAGGCUUUUUCAUUCCAAAAGGCGCCGUGGUUAUGAGUAAUGUUUGGGCUGUUCACCACUGCCCGAAGACUUGGUCUAAGCCCCACCUGUUUAACCCUGAUCGAUUUCUUAGCGCUGAUGGACGAAAGGUCAAGAAGAGCGAAUCUUGGCUCCCGUUUGGAAUUGGUCGUCGUGAAUGUCUGGGUAUUCAGCUUGCUAGAAUGGAGACAUUUCUUUUCUUCACCAAUCUUUUCCAACAGUUUGAAUUCAAGCUUCCAUCUAAUGAACCUCCUCCUAGUCUAAGAGGUCAGCCGGGGCUAACGAUUCCUCCUCAACCUUAUCGGAUUUGUGCUAUAGAGCGCUAAUUCACGAUUGAUAUUUUGUCUACCCAUCGAUAUAAGGAACUAGCACAUCAAUGAUGUGGAGCUCAUCCGGUAUCUCGCAAAGAAAUUUCACAUAAUUUCAGCCCAGUUGACACUGUAGUGAAUUAUAUUGGUGACAUAAAAUGAGGAAACAGAAUUGAAAAUGAUGAAGAAAUGGAAAAGAAGCAUUAUUUUUUGUGAUUUAUGAAUAAAUUUCGUAUAAAUAAGCAUAGAUCUAAAUAAUUUUCUAGUCAAAAUUUCUAAAUUCUGUGUAGAACCUUUAUGAACCUCAUGUAGCUCUGAGAUGGAACUAAAAAAAAAUCAAAAUCGGCCAACAAAUGAAUAAGCAUUUUUUGUGAGUUUUUAAAAAUGCGCAUAAAUUAGCAUAUUUAAUGAGUUUCAAAAUUCUGGGUAAAAGUUUUGAAUCCCCGCCUAGUGCUAUCAUAAAAAUAAGGCAAACAGAAUUGCAAUCGGACUUGAAAUGACGAAGAAGAAGCAUUUUGAAAUCGUGAACAGACGACGGACGCCACGGCAUGGCAUAAGCUCAUAAGAUGCCCUUCGGACCGGAUGAGCUGAAAAUGCAUGGGCGGAAAUCCCAGGGGGGACAGGGGGGACGUGUCCCCUCUACUCAAAAUAGUAGGGGGGACACAAUAUCAAAUGUCCCCCCUACUAUUUUUUGUCUUUUAUGAUGGUAAGAAAUACAUCAUUCUAAAUCGAAAUAAAACAUGUAUUUUGGGACGAGUUGGGACGAGAUGACCGUACUUUUGGGAUGAUAACCUUUUUUUUUUCAUGUCAAAUUUCCCCCCCCCCCCCCAUAUUGGCGGAGC